CUCUGCAAAUCUUGUCAGGGUGAAGAAGGAUUGCUCUGGUGCUUGACUUGCUCUGGUGACCAUUCAUGGUGCCAUGCAUGCAUUCUUACAGCCCACCAGUCAUUACCCUUUCAUAAGAUACAACAGUGGAACAGAAAGUGCUUCUGUGACACAUCCCUCACCCAGCUUGGUUAUAUAUGGCACCUGGGUCACAGAGGACAGCCAUGUCCA